AUGGAGUAUUUUAUCCAAGAGAUUCUUCGCGAACGGCCACAAUGGUUCGAAUUAUUGAGCAGUCAGUUUCUGUUCCCUGACGCCGACGGGAAGUUUAGCAUGGCCGCGCUCUUUGGCAUCCUCCGGAACAUCAUGUCACAGCUGCAGUUGGGCCAGGGUGCUGGGAAGUCGAUCACAGUCUAUUUGAUAGUGGAUGGGCUCCACGAAUGCGACGUGGGUUUUGUCAAAGAGUUUCUGGCUCUAGUAGCUAGUCUUAUCGACCACCCAGUUGCUCGUUCAACACCGCCGACGCCUCCCAGUACAGCACCUACCGGACCAUUCAACCAAUUAUUUCCCCGGGAUACCGUCAGAUUCAAGUUCUUCAUCACUUACACCCCGAACGAGGUCAUGGCUAUGGCUUCUGUGAGAGCCACUCGUAUCAAGAUGAAAGACCAGGACAUUCGGAAGGACAUUGCUACAUAUGUGGACAAGAGGGUCGAGGACUUCAGUACCAUCAAGUCAACGAGAGACCCGCCCGCAGAGCUCGCAGAUUCGAUCAAAGAGCAAGCAGAAUCAUUCUUCGUCUACGCCAAUUGCUCCAUGGAAGACGGAUUCUCGACCGCAAGAGACGAUGAUGAGUACGGGUUCUCCAUGAGCCGCCGGAUCUUUCCAUACCCGCAAAAGUUAGGAAAGUACUUUGACUACAACCUGCUGCCAUUGUUCCAGAACAUCAGCAACGACAAUUACGCCCUGUCAGCGCUGCAUGUCAUCCUAGGCACCAUCGGACAUAUUCGUGGCAACACCCUGCGCGACGCUCUCGCGUGCCUUCACGACAAUCCCCGUCUGAAGUUUAUCGAUAUCCAGACAAUCUUGAUGCAUCAAUGCCCUCGGCUGAUCAGAGUCAGCGACGAAUUUGAGGCCUUUCCCUUGCACCCCUCCCUUAGAAUCCACUUCAAUUCGUACAUCAGCAAAGAUGAACAACAUGCCAACAUGGCGUCGCUCUGUCUCAAGUAUCUUUCGCAGCCCAUAUUUGGAGGAGGUCUUUCGAGAGAUGUUGAACGAGAAUAUCCGUUUUACCAUUACGCGGCAAGAAAUUGGCAGUCGCAUUUCAAGCUCUCAGGAGACAAAAGGGGAAAGCUGAUACCCCAAGUGCGCCGUUUUUUCAAUUCAUCAUCAUACAGAACUUGGAGUCGCCACGUAGACGGAACAAUAUCAUCGCCCCAUGGGAUUACUCCUCCUGUCGUGGCUCUUAUCACUGCGAACGCCGCAAACAUCAUCCACCUUGUUGUCGACUUGUACGUCAUGGACGACCCAGAAACGUACCCUUGGCAAACCGGAGUAUGGGGCUUCUUCUGGCGGCUCAAGCAAAAUACGUGGAGAGAUUACCCUCGGUUCGCCAUGUUCAUUGACUCAUUCAGAGAGAGACAUGAUGAGAUGAUAGUCGACGAAGCGGGCCUUUCUCCCUUGAUGCAUGCUGCAAAGGAGCCGGUCGGUCUGCCAGAUAUGAUUCGCCAUUUCCUGCAGCGUCCCUUCAACAUCAACCGUAGAGACUACGCCAUAGGCGCCACAGCGUUGAUGUUCUUUUGCAGAUUCAACACCGAUCCGGAUCAAGAUCUCGUUUCAGAAAUGAUCGAUGCGUUCAUGAAAGCAGGAGCAGAUGUAAACAUGUCCACUUUCAGGGGAGAGACCCCUCUGUGGCUGGCAUGCAGCAACGGAAACCCGAUCCUGGUUGAGGAGCUCCUUCGAGUCGGGGCCAACCCCAAUAUCUCAGAUAAAGACGGGUCAACGCCCAUACAUCAGGCAUUCAGCAAGCCAACGAAAUAUUCUUAUCAUAUCAUCGACAAGCUCAGUCGAGCUGGGGCCGAUCUGAACAUCAAGUUUCCUUCCCCAGAUAAACUGAUACCAAUGACAGCAGCAAUCGUCGACAUGCAUUUCGACAUAUUUUUACAUCUAAUAGACAACAUCGAAGAUAUCAAUCAGAGAGAUGCCGCGGGCUUUGCUGCCAUACACUUGCUGAUGCAGCCAAAAUACGCCGAUUGGCUACCUCAUCUGCUUGAACGACGGGACUUGGACAUUGAUCUUCUCACCGACUCCGAGUCUAGUAACGGUGCACCAGUUCGACUUACGGCUUUAUCUUACGCGAUUACCGAGCAGAACUUCCAGGCCGUCGAACUGCUUCUAAGGGCCGGAGCAAAUCCCGACCGUCAUCCACAAGCAAGCGACAAGCCACCACUAUUUGUUGCCGUGGACUUCGUCGCGGGGAGACUGGAAGACAUGUAA